CGCCUGGACGGGUGACCUGGUGGUGCGGGAGGGUACUAACGUCUCACUGGAGUGUCGAGCCAGGGGGUACCCGCCCCCUACAGUUACCUGGCGCAGGGAGGACCCCCACGACCCCACCCAUCACUCGGUGAAGGUGCUGGAGGGCCAGACCCUCUCCAUCGGCAAGGUCUCCCGACUCCACAUGGGCGCCUACCUCUGCGUCGCGUCCAAUGGUAUCCAACCCUCCGUCAGCAAGAGGAUCCAGCUUAAGGUCCAGUUCCCACCUAUGCUGUGGAUUCCGAACCAAUUGGAAGGAGCCCGCAUGGGAGACACCAUUGUCUUGAAGUGCAACACAGAAGCCUUUCCAAACUCCAUCAACUACUGGACCAACCACAAGGGAGAGAUGAUUGCCGCCAGCGCCAAGUACGACACCACCAUCAAGGAGGAGAGCUACAAGACCAACAUGCGCCUCGUCAUCCACAACCUCACCAAGGACGACUUCAACACCUACCGCUGCAUCGCCAAGAACAGCCUGGGGGAGACUGACGGCUCCAUCAAACUCUACGAAAUCGAGCCCCGGAACCCGAAGGAGGGUUCUACGCAGGGCUCGCCGACGAACGGGCAGGCGGGGGAGAGGGGCGAGGACGGGGACGAGGGCGUGGAGGGCAACCUGGUCAACCACACCACCAGGGAGGACACGGAGAAGAACUACACAACGGAGAGACGGGGCAGGCCUCGCGGCAAGCACACGCCUUCAAAGAAAACGGGAAGAGGCCCGAACUCGUGGCGGACGGGCGAGGCGGUGAACGAAGUGUAUUCCGAGGUGGACGUUGUCUUCAGAGAAAAAGACUACAGCCACUCGAAGGACUCGCCCGGUGGGACUGACAAGGGGUCUUCAUACGACCAUUCCUUCAGCUACGACUCUGGGGCGACGACGCCAGCGGCGGGACGACGAGGACGAGGACACGACCUGUUCUUCGUCAUCUGCGCGGCGCUUCUCAACUUCGCGGCAGCGGCGGCGGGGGGACUAUGAUAGUCGCGUCCUCGAUCAGACCCUUUCCACCCGCCCCUCGGACGUCCUUCCGCCAAAACUCGACCAGACCAGCCCCUUGCAUGUGUCUCCGGGCUCCCCGUGUCGCCGCUGUAAUCAUCACCUGUUGCAAGGAACACUCAUCACUUUUAACUCGUCAGAGAAGCCCACAAGUCGGCCCCGUGUCUGAGUCCCUACACACACACACCGGCGGCGGCAGCGACAGUGUUCACCACACUGUGACAAUCAGGUUAUAAAGGAUGUUGACCUUUGGUUUUUGUUCCUAAGCUGGAGUCACCGCAAGAGCUGUUUUUUUUUAACCACUAUAUGCUUUUUAAACCAUGUUGACUAUUUAGAGUUAUUUGAGUGUGUGAUUUGGUGGCCGUAGCCGCGAGUCUGUGCUCUGCUAGCGUUUGUACCAAGUCAUGCAUCAUCGCUAUAUCAUUAUAGCUGGCCAUGUAUCAUCAUACCAGGCCCUGUAUAAUGAUACCAGGUCGUGUAUCAUCAUACCAGUCCACGCAUCCUUAUAUCUGGUCCAUGUUUCAUUAUAUCUGGCCACGUUUCAUUAUAUCUGGUUAUGUAUUAUUAUACCAGGCAUAUUACAUCAUCAUAGCAGGCCAUGUAUCAUCAUGCCAGGUCUUGUAUCGCCAUGCCAGUCAUGUAUCAUGAUACUAAGCUAUGUAUCAUCAUACCAGGCCCUGUAUCAUCAUACCAGGCCCUGUAUCAUUUGAAACACAUCUGUAUUUCCUAGCUGCUUUGGUCUUCAAAUAGUUUUAACGAGUCUCCAGUAUAUGUCUGCCUCUGACUAUAUGGCUCCUGUAACAUAGCAUUUUAAUCAGAAUAUAGAUAUUGUAACACAGAAUUUUUGAACAGGUUAUAUACAGUUAGUGUGACGCCGCCAUUUUCAUAGGUGGAGUCAUAUGUUUCGUCAUUAAGUCUGAUGUCUUGGAGGGCGUGUUCUGUACCACAUGUGGACUGUACCUGUAGCAUGCCUUAUAUACCUGACUCUGUAUUUACAUACACACCUGACUCAAUACAUGCAUUCUGAACAUACCUGACUCCGUAUCCUGCAGAUACGCGUGUCUACAUAUAUGACUACGUAUCUUAAUACAUAACCACCUACACGCCUGACUCUAUAUCUGGCAGAGACACUUGUCUAUGCAUGCCUAAUGCACACUAUUACCAGGCAUCAUAACCCUAAUAGCAGGCCCUAAUACCCCCCUAAUACCCGGCUGCAUACUACACCCUCAUACCCAUACCUAAUACACUUAACCAUCUACCACAGGUGCAGUACACGUGUCAUCCUGCUACAGGUACAGUCUCACCUCUGCCCUCAUAUGCGCGUGCCAACUGUGAGCUCUGUACAUAGCCACACUUUUCAAGAGACUCCCUCGCCCUUUCGUGCUGUCCACAUUGUUGAUCUGCCACAGUCAACUAUAGCGGAUACCGACAGGUGUCCCCCCCCCCCCCAUGGACGCUCCCCUACGUUUCAUGGGACAAAUGCCACUAGGUCAUCACUAUACAGACCUACAUUACAACGUCUACUUUACGCCCCGAGAAUGCCACUUGUAUCGACAGAUGGCAAACCAAGAAUGGUGGUAGUUAGUGGCGUAUAUAUUGUGCCAAGGUUUGGGGGGUACUACACCUCCUUCCCCACCACUGUUAUUCAUAUAGCUUUACUUGUAAUCUCUUCACGUUGUUCUUGAAUAGUACUAGCUCAUCGCCGCGCCCGUCUGGUGAGGAGAGGAAGGCCUUCCGGUCCUCUUCAGUCACCUCCGGUAGCCACUCCGUCAGAAGGAAUCGAUCUCAGAAUUGACUCGGAAUAGAGGAAUGGAUCUCUUAUCUAAGGAAUAUCUUACCCCCAAGGAAUGUACUCACUUUCGAGGCAGGUGUCGCCUUAGACGUGUCAUGUGUCAUGGUGGUCCUGUGUAAGACCUGAGGGUGUGUCAUGUGUCAUGGUGGUCUCGUGUGAGACCUGAGGUUGUGUCAUGUGUCAUGGUGGUCCCGUGUAGGACCUGAGGGCGUGGUCAGCCCUGAGUCUGUAAGCUCAGCACCUCUCAUGACUUACACUACUAGCUCACUACUUAAUGACCACGUUACAGUGACCACUGACCACGUUACAGUGUACGCAUCACUAUAGCCAGAAAUACGGUGAUCCUGGUUAUUUUGACCCCCUUCCCCCCCCCUCUGGGGGUGACAGAGUACGAUCACAGUAGCCAGAGUGUGUAUUCCUUGCCUCCGUCAUCUCACCACAGGUAUAUAUAGUGUGUAAAGAGUAACUGUACAUAGAUAUAAUAUAUAUAUAUAUACCUAUCACUUCUAUGUUGUUAUUAAGCAUCAAAUAAAUGAGACGAGGAACACCCCCCCCC